AUGGCACAGUGGUUGAAAAGGGAACCUAAUGCUCCAGCGCCCAUUGAUUGCUUGCUGACUACCUGGAGUGCUUGGGGACCAUGUAGUCCGUGCUCAAAAGAAAGAUACCGCUCAAGGAGCAUUCUGAAGUUUGGACAGUUUGGAGGAAAGCCUUGCAUUGUAGCCCUGAGCGAUAAACAGUCCUGUGAGACAAGAAUUCCAUGCCCGGACAAGAGAGGUCAUUGUGGGAAGCAAGAGUUUGAAUGUGAAAAUGGAUAUUGUCUAAAGGGUAGGUUGGUGUGUAACACAGAAGAUGACUGUGGUGACUUCUCUGAUGAAGAUAAUUGUGACGAAACCAAACGCCCACCCUGUGGGGAUCGUGACAUUGACGUAUCAGAACUUGGAAGAACAGCUGGACAAGGUAUGAAUGUGCUGGGAAUGAAACCGGCUCAAAAAGCCCUUUACAAUGAGUUCUACAAUGGCAUCUGUGACAGAGUCCGUGAUGGGAACACAGCCACUUAUUACCGCAAGCCAUGGAAUGUGGCUUUCCUCAGUUAUGAAACAAGAGGAGACAAAAAAUUUACAAGUGAAUUCUACAGCGACCAAGGAAAAACAAUGGAAAAAAUAGUCAGUACAAAAUCACACUCCCUAGAUGUGAGCUUCUCUCUUCAACUGAAACCGCCUUUGUUCCCUGUAUCGGGUGGUUUUGAGACAGGCAUAAAUUUUGCCAAAUCAUCCAGCCUGAGUGACUUCUUAGAGAAAACCAAAGGAAAG